AUGAGACGAUCUGCAGCACCAAGUCAAGUGCAGGGAAAUUCCUUUAAAAAAACAAGAUUCAUACCUCCAGGAAGAAGUAAUGCAGGCAUGAGUAAGGAGAUGACAAAGAUGAGUCCAGAUACAAAACUGUCGCAGGGUGCUGAGCAGCCACAAAACGAUCCAGAUGUAUGCAGUUCAAAUCCUUGCCCCACUGAAGGAAGCCCUGGGGAAGUGGGUAGCAGGGCUAGAGUAGAUCCACUGCCUCCAGCUGACCUCUUCAUCCGAGAAUGA